ACGGGCCGGGCAGGUCUUCAGCUUCUUCUGUUCCCAUUUUUUGUAACGAAGAAACAGAAACUACAACUUUCCAACUCUUGAUGGAAAGGAACCAAGGGAGAAAUGGAAGAAGAAGAGCUUGAAACACUUGAGGGGUUUUUAGAAUGGGCAGCGGCGCUUGGAAUUUCAGAUUCAAUUCAGGAUUUCCAAUCUCGAAAACGAAAGUCCUGUCUGGGCAAUUCUCUCGCUGUCUCUAUUUUCCCUGAUGCAGGAGGAAGAGGCUUGGGUGCAGCCCGUGAUCUUAGGAAAGGAGAAUUGGUUCUUAGAGUUCCAAAAUCUGCCUUGCUAACAAGGGAUAGUAUACUAAAAGAUGUGAUACUGUCCUCUGCUGUCAAUGGCCAUCUCUAUCUCUCUCCUACUCAAAUAAUGACUGUUUGCUUGUUAUAUGAAAUGGGUAAAGGAAAGAAUUCCUUUUGGUAUCCUUACUUGAAGCAUUUGCCCCGCAGUUAUGAGAUUCUAGCUACUUUCAGUGAGUUUGAAAAGCAAGCUUUGCAAGUGGAUGAUGCUAUCUGGACAACAGAAAAGGCCAUAUCUAAGGCUGAAUCAGAAUGGAAACGAGCUAAUUUGUUAAUGCAAGAGCUUAAGCUUAAGUCAAGACUUCUUUCUCUUAGGGCGUGGAUUUGGGCUUCUGCAACUAUAUCCUCAAGGACAUUGCAUAUACCAUGGGAUGAUGUGGGGUGCCUAUGUCCUGUUGGAGACUUGUUCAAUUAUGCUGCUCCUGGAGAGGAGUCAAAUGGCAUUGAAAAUGUUGAAAGUUUGAUGCAUUCUUCUUCCUUGCAAGAUCAUUCUUUGUCAACUGAACAUUCUACAGAUAACUUACCAGUGGAAAGAUAUGAUGCACAUAUACAGAGGUUAACAGAUGGAAGGUUUGAUGAAGAUUUUGGUGCAUAUUGCUUCUAUGCUAGGAACAAAUAUAAAAAGGGAGAGCAGGUUCUCUUAAUCUAUGGAACAUACACAAAUUUGGAGCUUCUUGAACACUAUGGGUUUCUCUUAAAGGAAAAUCCGAAUGACAAGGUUUUUAUUCCCUUGGAACCAAGCAUGUAUUCCUCGAAUUCAUGGCCCAAGGAAUCAAUGUACAUCCAUCAAGAUGGGAAACCAUCUUUUGCCUUAUUAUCUGCAUUGAGGUUAUGGGCAAUCCCACAGGGUCAGCGGAGAUCCAUGGGACACCUUGCUUACUCAGGUUCUCAACUUUCUGUAGAAAAUGAGAUAUCUGUCCUGAAAUGGAUAUCACAAAAUUGUCAUGUAAUUUUGAAUAAUUUGCCAACAACAGUUGAAGGAGAUAGUAUGCUCUUAUGUACCAUUGACAAAAUCCUAAAUUUUCGUAACCCUAAGGAGCUGGGGGAGAUGCUUUGUCGAUCAGAAAGUGAGGCUUGUGCUUUCUUGGAAGCCAGUAGUCUGCAGAAAAAAGAAAAUGGUGCUGAGUUGCUGCUAUGCAGUAAGACCAAAAGGUCAGCUGAACGGUGGAAAUUAGCAGUUGACUGGAGGUUGAGGUACAAGAAGAUACUUACUGAUUGCAUUUCUCAUUGUACUGAAAUCAUCAAUUCAUUCUCAAGUCAAAAUGUCUCAACAGUGAGAACUCAAUGAGGCAGAAUUUAGCAAGAUUUUGUAUUCUUCUCUUUUCCCCUCCUUUCUUUUUGGGGCGGGGGGUUUGGAAAACUAGGACCCAGCUAGGAUAAGUUACUCCACAAAUGCCCUUAGAUUCCAAUGCUUGGCUUACCAAUUACGUUCAUUAUCUUAUGCUGUAUUAUUUGUGGGAUUCGAUACUGUAAUUUUCUAAAACAGCAUCCUUUCCAUCC